GCUAGUCCCGCCGCCGGAGCGGCCCGCACCUGCAGCCGUCCCUCAGUCCGCCGCCUCUGAGCCCGCGCGUAAUGCUGCCGCUGCUGCUGCUGCUGGUGCUGGGACCCGGACUCGGGCUCGGCGCGGCUUCCUGGAGGUCACAUGUGCACCGGCGUGGGCUUCUAGAAUUGGCAGGGACCAUGAAUUGUGUUGGCACCCGCAACCCCCUGUCCUACAUAAGCUACGGCUGCUACUGUGGCCUGGGUGGCCAUGGCCAGCCCCGGGAUGCCAUCGACUGGUGCUGUCAUCGGCACGAUUGCUGCUACACGCGUGCCGAGCAGGCCGGAUGCAGCCCUAAGAUGGAGCGGUACUCGUGGCAGUGCGUCAAUCAGAGCAUCGUGUGUGGACCCGCGGAGAACGAAUGCCAAGAAAUCUUGUGCAGGUGCGACCAGGAGAUCGCUAACUGCUUAGCCCAGACUGAGUACAACCUUAAGUACUUAUUGUACCCGCGUUUCUUGUGUGACACAGACUCGCCCAGGUGUGACUGACCAGCCUGACGUGGAAUGUUCUUUUGCACGAGGAAAUAAAACUCUUUUUCACUCAUCAGCAGCUGCCUUCAGUUC